AUGCCGCUCAAAAUUAUUGGUGCAGGACUUGGACGUACAGGCACACACAGCUUGUGUACAGCUCUGGAGAUGCUGGGUUACCGUACCCAUCAUGGUACAAAAUUGAUGACCGGACCCACGGAACAUUUGGAUGUAUGGAUGCGCGCCAAGCAGGAUCCCAACCACGAAGAUGAAUGGGAUCGUGUGUACGAGGGUUGGGACGCGGCCAUUGAUUGGCCUACGUGUACUUUUUACAAGGAAAUCAUUGAAAAGUAUCCCGAUGCCAAGGUGAUUCUCACCGUUCGAUCAGGCGACAGCUGGUAUGAUUCCAUGUGCAAGACCAUUUUCCGCGACAUCUUUUUGGUAAAGAAGGAAGAAGUGCCUGAACAUGUGCACCGGGUGGCGGAGUUGUGUCGAGCGAUUAUGUGCGAUGGUGAUACUGCCGAUCUUGAGAACCCAGAACGAACAAGAGCCAAGCUCGUCAAGUUCUUUGAUGAUCAUGUUGAAGAGGUAAAGCGUACCGUCCCGGCCGAUCGAUUGUUGAUUAUGGAGCUUGGCGAAGGAUGGGAAAAGCUGUGUCCCUUUUUGGGCGUUGACAUUCCCAAAGAACCUUACCCGAGAACGAACAGCAGCAGCCAAUAA